AUGGGGAUUAUGCUAUCUUCCUUGCGCUGUUGUUCUAGCUCCGUUGCUUCUGUCACGUUGCCACACGACGUGAUCUUCGACAUCCUGUCAUGGUUACCCGUAAAGUCCUUGUGCCGCUUCCGAUGCGUCUCCAGAGAGUGGCAAACCCUUAUCUCCGACCCGGCUUUUGUUGCCGUGCUUAAGUCACGAGUCGAGCCGCUCCUCGCCGUCGACCACAGCAAGGUGCCAUCCUUGCGGUUGAUGGACAUGGAUGGCAACGUUGUGAGAGUAAUCAAUGAUGUCGGUUGGUUCUUGACGUCUAUCUGCAUUGCCACCGAUGACCAUGUAUGUGUUAUCGGUGACCAUGGCAACGAACAAGUCGCGAGGAUAAUCGACCUUGCUACUAAGAAGGUGCUCGUGACCUGCUUAAAGGGCCGUACUCAGGGCUUUGGCCGCGCCGCUCCGUCAGGAGCUUACAAGGUCGUGUGCCUUGGUGAUCAUAUAUGCGAGGUCCUCACGGUAGGAGAUGGUGUCGGGUGGAGACAUAAGGAACCACACCCUACAAAUGCCUCGUAUAGAAACCGCCCUGUGGUGGUCAAUGGUGUGCUACAUCUAUUGGUGGCACCACAACCCGAUGGAGACAUCAUAUUAUGCUUCGACCUCGAGAGCGAGGAUUGGAAGAAGGGGAUCAAAGGCCCACCAAAUGUGAAACUCCAGGAUAGUAAAAUCAGCUUAGGCGAGCUUAAUGGUGCCCUAUGCAUGGCUCAAGGAGAGACCAACAACACCUACAGUGGAUGCACAAACAUAUGGAUCCUAAGAGAUCUCGACAAGAGCAUAUGGGUCAAAAAAUACACGAUUCCACUGGACUCGGCCAUGUAUUAUCGGAUGACGCCUCUGAGGGUGCUACGUGGUGACCGGAAGCUCUUAUUCUACCUUCGAAUUAAGAUGGGAGGAGAAAGGGUGUUAAAGAUCUAUGACCCCUGUUAUUCGAGAUGUGCAGACGCAUUAAAGACUUUGGAACACCACUCCUCUAGUAUCAGCAUUUGUAGUUUGAACUUGGAGCAUUUUUAA